CAACGCAAAAUGAUCCUCACAAAUUGCGCCGCCUGCGCCGCCCCACUGGCCCACACCGCGCCGCGUUGUGUUAGAUGUUGGACCCGCUAUUGUGACUCGACAUGCCAGCAUGACCACUGGCGCCGCGGCCACAAGCAGAUGUGUAAGAAAAUACACCGCGGCGGCAACGCAGAGCAGUACAAUGCCGACAAAAAAUACAAGGAGGCCGUCGCGGUCGCGGUCGAGGCGUGCGCGGACGACACGAAGGACCAGACGUGCUUCAUCUGCACGCAGGCGCUCCACUGGAAGACGAAGGAGGGCCUCGUGCGCGGGUGCUCGUGCCGCGGGACGGCGGGUUUUGCGCAUGUGUCGUGUCUGGCGGAGCAGGCGAAGAUUUUGGUCGCGGAGGCCGAGGAGAACAAUUUGGGGGACAAGGUGUUGGUUGAGAGGUGGAGGCGGUGGCACACGUGUAGUCUGUGCAAGCAAGAGUACCACGGCGUCGUGCGGUGCGCGAUCGGAUGGGCCUGCUGGAAGACGUACGUGGGGCGGCCGGAGACGGAUGCCACUCGGGGCUUUGCAAUUAACCAGCUUGGGAACGGGUUAGACGAGGCGAAUCAUCACGAAGAAGCGUUGUCCGUGAAAGAGGCCCAGUUGUCUCUGUUGCGGCGCAUAGGCGCAGGUGAAGAGGGCAUUCUCGUCGCGCAGAGCAAUCUUGCGAGCACGUAUGGAGAGCUUGGACAGAUGGAGAAGGCCCUAAGCGUGGAGCGAGACGUAUACUCUGGGCGUUUGAAGUUCCAUGGCGAACAGCAUCCAGCGACACUCCGAGCAGCCCUCAACUACGCGUCGUCCCUUGGUAGUCUCAAGCGCUACGCAGAAGCCAAGCCGCUGUUGCUCAAAACAAUGCCCGUGGCGCGACGCGUUCUCGGAGAAGGGCAUAGAGUCACGCUCAAGACGAGGUGGACUUACGCGUCGUCGCUCUGCGAGGACCCUGACGCCACGCUCGACGAUCUCAACGAGGCCGUGACGACGCUUGAGGACGCGAGACGGAUCGCGCGGCGCGUGUUCGGUGGCGCGCACCCGAUCACAGGAGGGCUCGGGCGCGAUCUGAUAAAGGCUCGAGCCGCCCUCCGCGCCCGCGAGACGCCGUCGCCGGGGAGCGCGUAA